AGCAAAGCCCCGGGGGCCCCGCUGGACUGUGCGGAGACUGCUUGUGGUUCCCCGUCUCCUCGAGGGGAUGGUAACCGGGCUUCCCAUUCCGAGGCGGAGCUGCCUGCGUGCCCUGAGGAUGGUAUCCUGCCUGCCACCCCUCAUCUGAACCAGCUGCUCGCCCUCGGGGUCCUCCCUGCUAGUGCUAGCUCCGCGUUCGCGGCUCCUGGACAGCCCCGGGAAUCUGCCAGGUGGAUGUUGUGCGUAGCCGGAGCCAAGUUGAAGAGAGAACUUGAUGCCACCGUUAUUGUAUUGGCAAACAGGCAAGAUGAGAGUGAACAGUCCAGAAAACGGCUCAUUGAGCAGAGCCGAGAGUUCAAGAAGAACACUCCAGAGGAUUUGCGCAAGCAGGUAGCACCACUGCUCAAGAGCUUCCAAGGGGAGAUUGAUGCACUGAGCAAAAGAAGCAAAGAGGCAGAGGCAGCCUUCUUGACUGUGUACAAGAGACUAAUUGAUGUUCCAGAUCCUGUACCAGCCCUGGACCUCGGGCAACAGCUGGAAAUAAAAGUGCAGCGCCUACACGACAUUGAAACAGAGAACCAGAAACUUAGGGAAACGCUAGAAGAAUACAACAAGGAGUUUGCUGAAGUGAAAAAUCAAGAGGUUACGAUAAAAGCACUUAAGGAGAAAAUACGAGAAUACGAGCAGACUCUGAAGAGCCAGGCUGAGACGAUUGCUCUGGAAAAGGAACAGAAGUUGCAAAAUGAUUUUGCAGAGAAGGAGAGAAAGCUGCAAGAGACCCAGAUGUCCACCACCUCAAAGCUGGAAGAAGCUGAGCACAAACUCCAGACGCUGCAAACAGCCCUGGAAAAAACACGAACAGAAUUAUUUGACCUAAAAACUAAAUAUGAUGAAGAAACUACUGCAAAGGCUGAUGAGAUCGAGAUGAUCAUGACUGAUCUUGAACGAGCCAACCAGGAGCAGGCCAUAGAGGUGCUGACCCGAUCCAGCCUGGAAGUAGAGUUGGCUGCCAAAGAGCGAGAGAUUGCCCAGCUGGUAGAAGAUGUGCAGCGACUCCAGGCCAGUCUCACCAAACUUCCUUUGAAUUACGCCAGCCAGAUCUCACAGCUGGAGCAGCAGCUGAGCGCCAAGAAUAGCACACUCAAACAACUGGAAGAAAAACUCAAAGGCCAGGCUGACUAUGAAGAGGUGAAGAAAGAGCUGAACACCGUGAAGUCCAUGGAAUUUGCACCAUCAGAAGGAGCAGGAACACAGGACUCUACGAAGCCACUGGAGGUUUUACUCCUGGAGAAGAACCGCUCACUGCAGUCUGAGAAUGCCGCGCUGCGCAUCUCCAACAGUGACCUGAGCGGGUCAGCCAGGAGAAAAGGGAGAGACCAGCCUGAGAGUCGGCGCCCGGGACCCUUGCCGGCCUCCCCUCCUCCUCAGUUGGCCCGCAACACGGGGGAACAGGUUUCCAAUACUAACGGUACACACCACUUCUCACCAGCGGGGUUAAGUCAAGACUUUUUCAGCUCAAACAUGGCCAGCCCCAGCCUGCCCCUGGCUUCCACGGGAAAGUUUGCACUAAACUCUCUUCUCCAGCGACAGCUAAUGCAGUCCUUCUACUCCAAGGCCGUGCAGGAAGCGGGAAGCACAGGCACGAUCUUUUCAACAGGUCCUUACAGCACAAACUCCAUACCUUCCCCAAGCCCAUUACAACAGAGCCCAGACGUAAACGGCAUGGCCCCAUCUCCCAGCCAAUCAGAAAGUGCUGGGAGCGUCUCAGAGGGUGAGGAAAUUGAUACGGCAGAAAUCGCCCGGCAGGUCAAAGAACAGCUGAUCAAGCACAACAUUGGGCAGCGCAUUUUUGGACAUUAUGUCUUGGGACUAUCUCAAGGGUCUGUGAGUGAGAUUCUGGCCCGGCCGAAGCCCUGGAAUAAGCUGACUGUCCGUGGCAAGGAGCCAUUCCACAAAAUGAAGCAGUUUUUGUCUGAUGAGCAGAACAUCUUGGCACUUCGUAGCAUCCAAGGCAGACAGAGAGAGAAUCCAGGCCAGAGCCUGAACAGACUCUUUCAGGAAGUACCGAAACGAAGAAAUGGGUCUGAAGGUAACAUCACUACAGGGAUCCGAGCCUCUGAAACUGGUUCUGAUGAAGCAAUCAAGUCCAUCCUAGAGCAAGCCAAGAGGGAGCUCCAAGUGCAGAAAACUGCUGAGCCAGUCCAGCCAUCUUCUGCAUCCAGCACUGGGAACUCUGAUGAUGCCAUCCGCUCCAUCCUACAGCAGGCCCGCCGGGAAAUGGAGGCCCAGCAGGCCGCCCUUGACCCUGCCUUAAAGCCAGCACCAUUGUCCCAGCCUGACCUCACCAUCCUCACCCCCAAGCUCCUGUCCGCCUCACCCAUGUCUACUGUAUCCACUUACUCCCCUCUUGCCAUCCCCCUGAAGAAACCCCCCGCAGCACCUGAGGCCAGUACUUCAGCCUUGCCCAGUGCCCCAGCCCUCAAAAAAGAGGCUCAGGAUGCACCGGGGCUGGACCCACCAGCAUCAACUGAUGCUGCCCAUGGGGUACUGAGGCAGGUGAAGAGUGAGCUGGUCCGUGGCAGCACCUGGAAGGAUCCCUGGUGGAGCCCUAUACAGCCCGAAAGAAGAAAUCUCACCUCUUCUGAAGAGACCAAGGCUGACGAGGCCUCAGCAAGUGGGAAAGAAAAGGCAAGCAGCAGCCAACCUCGGGCUGAGCGCAGCCAGCCUCCGGGGCCGGCUCCAUCAGCAGAGUACUGGAAGGAGUGGCCCAAUGCUGAGUCGCCAUAUUCCCAGAGCUCAGAGCUGAGCCUCACUGGAGCCAGCCGCAGCGAGACACCCCAGAAUAGCCCUCUGCCCUCCUCCCCAAUCGUGCCCAUGGCAAAGCCAACAAAGCCCACAGUGCCCCCGCUGACUCCUGAGCAGUACGAGGUCUACAUGUAUCAGGAAGUGGACACCAUUGAGCUCACCCGGCAGGUCAAAGAGAAGCUGGCCAAGAAUGGCAUUUGCCAGAGGAUCUUUGGGGAGAAGGUGCUGGGCCUGUCCCAGGGCAGCGUCAGUGACAUGCUCUCAAGGCCAAAGCCAUGGAGCAAACUGACCCAGAAAGGCCGAGAACCCUUCAUCCGGAUGCAGCUCUGGCUGAAUGGAGAGCUAGGCCAGGGUGUUCUGCCUGUACAAGGGCAGCAACAAGGGCCAGUCCUCCACUCGGUGACAUCUCUGCAGGAUCCCCUACAGCAGGGCUGUGUAAGCUCAGAAAGCACUCCAAAGACCUCUGCUAGCUGCAGCCCUGCCCCUGAGUCCCCAAUGAGUUCCAGUGAAUCUGUGAAGAGUCUUACCGAGCUGGUCCAGCAGCCCUGUCCUGCCAUUGAGACCAGUAAAGAAGGCAAACCACCAGAAACCAGCGACCCACCUGCCUCAGACUCCCAACCCACAACACCGCUGCCUCUCUCUGGACACUCAGCCCUCAGCAUCCAAGAAUUAGUAGCCAUGUCUCCCGAGCUGGACACCUACGGCAUAACCAAGAGGGUCAAAGAGGUGCUGACGGACAACAACCUCGGUCAGCGCUUAUUUGGAGAGACCAUCCUGGGGCUCACCCAGGGCUCUGUCUCCGACCUCCUGGCCCGCCCAAAGCCCUGGCAUAAGCUCAGUCUGAAAGGACGAGAACCCUUUGUCCGCAUGCAGCUUUGGCUGAAUGACCCCAACAAUGUGGAGAAGCUGAUGGACAUGAAGCGGAUGGAGAAGAAAGCCUACAUGAAGCGGCGACACAGCUCUGUCAGUGACAGUCAGCCCUGUGAGCCCCCCUCUGUGGGCAUUGACUAUAGCCAAGGCGCCAGCCCCCAGCCACAACACCAGCUGAAGAAACCUCGAGUGGUGCUGGCUCCAGCAAAGCCAUACCCGUCACCAAAAACGAUCGAGGAGCUUGCCACACAACUCAACCUGAAGACCAGCACCGUCAUCAACUGGUUCCAUAAUUACAGGUAAAGCCCUGUCAAGAGC